GUUUCAGCUCGAAUGACAGAUGACAGCACCAAAGCUAUCGUUCUCUUUUUCAAAACAGAAGAAGAGCCUUAUUGUGCCGCCUACCACUUCUCAGGUUGGACCAAAUUCCGAUAAAACACCGAUACGUGAAUAUGUCACUUCAAUCGAAGAUAAUGUCAUUAAGCGAGUUCUGUGCUAAAAUCACUUUUAUUCUCACAGAUCUGAAAGCGUUUCUAAAACACCGCCCAUUGUCGUUCCCUUGAUUAUUAACCGGAAUGGAAUCCAAAGUCGACUUAGAACUAAACACGCAAAAGUUGAGCCUUCCGAUGAACUCACGAGGCAGGCUCUGAAUGAACUCCAAUCAGAGGCUCGUGGAGAACACAUACAUGAAUCUUCAAACACCAGCGCUUUCAUGGUUUCAUUAGUCGGUUCAGCCUCGGCACCGGACGAAGUCGAAGAUGUAAACUAUGAUGCGGUGCCUGUUGAGAAAUUUGGCUUGGCUGUUUUGGCCGGCAUGGGCUUUAACCCGGAGGAAUUGAAGUCCACCAAAGACGAGCCGCUUGGACCUACUAGACCCAAAGGACUUGGUUUGGGUGCAGAUCCUCACGCUGUUCGAGCUGCAAGACAAGAUUCUAAAUCGGGUUCCGGCGAACAGUUGUCUUGGAGCCCAGGGGCACAUUGUCAGGCUAUUCUUGGGAAACACAAGGGACAAUAUGGAAUCGUGAAUGGAAUCGAUGGAGACACCGGUAGGGUGGUUGUCAAAUUCACGAUAUCCAAAGAAAUUGUUCCUAUUCUUCAACCAAUGCUGCGUUUGGUUCGGAAAGAAGAAUACAAUAAGUAUGCCAACUGCUUGAACCAGGCGGAUGUCGAUCGGUACAAAGCCGAAGAGCACGACUCAUCGGCUGCUUCCACAAUUCAACCAACCCUUAACGGCAAGUCUGCUGAUUCGAGACUGCGGGAAACCUCUUCUGAGCUCAGCUCCGCGUCAAAAAGAAAGGACCCUCAUUCUUGGAUCAGAUCUAAUUUGAUUGUCAGAUUCCUUGAUAAACACUAUCACCACGGUAGAUAUUACAAACACAAGGUGAAGGUAAUUGGGGUGGACUCAAAUCGUUGCACCUGUCAAACUGAAGAUGGACGAAUAAUAGAAGGUUGGUCGUUAGUAUCAAUUUCUCUUUCAUUCUACUCGCUCUUUCUCAACAGAUGUUCAGCCUCGAUAUUUACAGACUGUGGUACCCAAAGCCCAGAACUCUGAGGUUAUGAUUCUUCGAGGUUCAAGGGAGGGUGAG